UUUUUUUUUUUUUUUUCCUCUAUUAUUCAUCACACCCAUUACAUUCAUUUUUCUUUUUCGCUUGCUCAUCUACGUUUACCCAUGCUACCUUCCACUUUAAGUAUUCGCUUGAAUCAACAGGUGCAUUUUAUCUCCUUCUAUCCGGAUAAACUAUUAUCUUUUGAAGAUCUUGUGAAACAUGUCAAGUUUUCUUUUAAGGAUAUCGCCAUUUCAUCAUAUGAUUUCAUGAUGGAAAAUCAAGUUAUCAUCUAUGAUACCCCAACUUUACAUCAGGCAUUGAAGAAAGCAACAAAGCAUAACCGUGCGGAUAUCACGCUGUCACCAAAGUCUAACCAACCCAAAAUCAAUAAUGUCCCGGUUAUCAAGCCGACAGUUCUCAGAUGGACUGAUAAUCAAGAUAGCACUAGACAUCAUAGAUCUUCCCCACAACUACAACAACAAUGGCGGUCGGAUGAUACUUCUUCUCAAUCUUCUGAAAAUGAUGGAUCUUGUAUUCGAAAGGAUUCUGGGAUCUCUAUGGAUGAACCUGUCAAGAAAAAACAGCGUGUUACACCAUCAAUUCAAUCUACAUCAUCAUCAUCAUCAUCAUCAUCAUCACCAUCAAGGACUCUUACACAUUUAUCACCUCCUCCUGGUUAUUGUGGCAGAUCAAUCUCUUCACCAUCUCCGCCAACUCAUAGUGUUCAUCCAUUGGAAAUGCGUCGACCAUCAACAGCUCCUUCAUCACCGUCUUAUCCUCGUAUUGUCACCACUCCUUCUCCCAUCACAAUCAAACUACCAGCUCUAUCAUCCAUUACUUCGUCUCCUUCUUUGGAUAAUGACGUUUUACUUCACCCUCAAUUGGCUCCUCUUCAACAAUCUCCUCAACGACCAAAUUAUCUUCCUGCUAUUACUUCUCCUCGUCCAUCAUCCACACCUUCAUCAACAAUAACAGCUACACAACAGUCAACAACAAUGAUUAAUCACUUACCUAUACCAAGUACAAAAGAUCAUCCAUUUUAUUCUCAUCAACAUUAUUCUCAUCGUAAUCAACAAAGGGAAAUUCAUCAUAGACAACCACAACUUCAUCAAAACCACCAACAACGACAUCAUCACUCCCAUCGUCAUCAUCAAAAAUUAACGGGUCAGUUUUUGUGUGAACAUGUAGUAGAUCCAUCAUCUGGCCGUAUUUGUGGGCAAACAUUUAGACGAUCUUACGAUUUAUCAAGGCAUCAAACAAUUCAUUUGAAAAAUAGACCUUUUUGUUAUUGUGAUCAAUGUGGUAAAAAAUUCACGAGAAUGGAUGCACUCAGACGACAUGAACGAGUUCAAGGACAUACAUCAAAACAACAUUUACUUCAACAACAUCCUUUAUGUUCGCCUCCUCCUCCAUCUCCUUCUGCCCAUCAUCGUCACCAUCAUCAUCAUCUUCAUCACCAACAACAACAACAACAACAACAACAACAACAACAUGCUACUCCUACCACUUCAACACCUCACACAAUGGCAUUUAUCAAUCAUCGUACAACUCAGCAGGCUAGAGUAUAA